GGGAUUCAAUAAAGUCAGGGACGUGGCCGCUGCCUGGUUUGUCUGGCAUGGCUCCUGCGUACAGUCCACCCGGAAGGGACCGCCGAGCGGUGGCUUCUCGCUCCCGGAGCCCUGAGCGCCGGGGUUCUGGCUACAGAGAUCACGACCGGGGGAAGAGAAAUGGGGAUGAAAGGGGGAGGCACGAUCCAAGAGAAAUGGGGGGCCGAAGCCCUGGCAGGAGAGAGGAGCAUCGCUCGGGUUACCGCGAGGACAUACGAGACGGGAAUGGGCGGCAUCCUCGGUCCCGCUCCCCUCAAAGGAAUGGCCACCGGGGUGGUUAUGGGGGUGGUUAUGGGGGUGGUUAUGGGGGCCGGGGUGGGGAUGAGUACAGGGAUGGUGGUAGGCAGGAAUAUGGUCGGCCGGGAUGGAAUGCCGGCUCAAGGAACCCUCUCGGAGACCUAGACAGCGAUGAGGACCUUCGAGGUCUGGACUUCACAGAGUUCCGUGUGAAGAAGCGGGAGAAGCUGCGCGAGAAGAAUGUGAACAGCAUCUGGAAGAUCACACCUAGCCCCUCCCCAGAACCUGAGGGCAGACGCAAAAGUGCUAAGGAGGUGUCUGAAGGAUCUCCUGGGGGUGAUCGUGACGGAGAUGAUGCGAAAGACGCAGGUAGAAAGGGUACCAAGAAGGAGGAGGCCUCAAGCGAAGACGAAGAGUUGCAGGACAAGCGGAAAAAGGGUGGGGAUAAGAAGAAGUCCUCUAAUAGAAAAACGAAAGAUUUGGAAACAGAGUCGGAGGAUGGAAGUCAGGAUGAGGUAAGCGAGGAGAGGGAAAGCGAGGAGGAUAGGAAAGACCGAAAGAAGAGGUCAAGAACGAAGAAGGACGAGAGCUCAAGGAAGAAGCGUCGAAAGGACGAGACGGAGAGUGAGGACGAGGAGUCAGAUGCGGAAUCUGAGGAGGAGAGCGAAGAUGAGAAGACUCGUCGGAGCUCUAAGCGGGGCCGCAGCAGAUCCGAAGAACGGCGGCGAAAGCGGCGGAAGGAAAGAGACUCCCACCGUAGCAAGAAGAAGAGCCGCCGGCGCCGGACGCCCACCCCCAGCGAGAGCGAGUCCGAAAGUGCGUCCGAAUCAGAGUGCGCGUCCGAACCGGAAGAGCCGCCACCGCCACCUCCGCCGCCGCCGGCCGCUGACGUGGACCCGUUGGCGCUGGCGGAGCUGCCUCCGAUGACCGCGGAGGAGGAGGCGCAGUUCCGGGAGUACUUGGAGAAGAAGCUCGAAGAGGACGACCUUGACAAUGAGCCGAUCGUGGGACCGGCACCCGCACCCGAGAUGGAUGGGCGUGUAAAUUACGGGUCUGCUCUGCGGCCCGGCGAAGGAGACGCCAUGGCGUCUUACGUACAGCAGGGGAAGCGUAUCCCGCGGCGAGGAGAGGUCGGGUUGUCAGCUGACGAGAUCUCAAAUUUCGAGCAGAUGGGCUACGUCAUGAGUGGAAGCAGGCACCAGCGGAUGAACGCGAUCCGUAUCCGGAAAGAGAACCAAGUGUACAGCGCAGAGGACAAGCGCGCCCUGGCCAUGUUCAACUACGAAGAGAAGGCCAAGAGAGAGCAAAAGGUGAUGGCGGACUUGCAGCGUUUGGUACAGAAGCACGUAGCGGGAGAGCAGCCUGUGGUACAUCAUCCUUUUGGAGAAAAGCAGGACGAGGAAUGAUGAACCUUGAUUGGGUAUACCGGAUUGCAAUUCGUGUUGCAAUUGAGUAGUGCCAAGAGCCGGUUUCCUCUAGGCCGUUGCAUGGGUCGAACUUCUUAGCACGAUUCCGGUUUGCCUAGGCGCUUUCUGCCGGCGGAUCGUUUAGGGGAGCUUCAUCGUGAGGCACUGUGUUUCCCGUUUGCUGUCACGAUGACCGUGUAUACCUAGGCUAAGCCUUGCAUGAGCAUGCCGUC